AUGGUAAAACUUUCACGUAUGACCGCAGAAGAGCUUAAAAGUGAAAAGAAUUUCACUAUAGAAAACAAAUUUGAAAAAAUUGUUUUCGAUGGAGAAACAAAUGUGACGAGCUUAAAUUUAGAUGAAAUAGUGAAGAUAGACUCAAGAGGAGUCAGGAUAAAGCAUAAUAGUCGCUAUGUAAAAUUGAAGAAAGGCUCAACAGGUCAGCAACAAUUUAUUUAUACAAUUUUGCUCCUUAUUUCUAGAAAACCUUAUAAAAAAUUCAGAGUGAUUUAA